AGCAACUAACUAUACCAAUCAUUAAACUCGACAGCGAAAUGGAACGAGAAACGGCGUCGCUUAGGUGGGAGGGUAAAAAAGUCGCCCAAGUCAACGGCGUCACGGCGGAGCAAAUCUGGUCAGUUGUUUCAGACUUCUGCAAUAUCCACAAGUGGUUACCAACCAUUGACACAUGUUACCGUGUCGAAGGAACCGAUGGCCAGCCUGGUCUGGUCCAAUACUGCACCUCCACCAGAACCAAGGACGAGGAGGAAACCAAAUGGGCUAGAGAGCGUUUGGUCAAGAUCGAUCCAGUCGAACGGUGUUUGAGCUAUGAGGUCCUCGAGAAUAACGUAGGGUUCAGAUCUUACGUGGCGACAGUCAAAGUAACGACAGUGGACGGUGGUGAUGAAUCGGACGGUGGAAAAGUUUGUCUACUCGAGUGGUCGUUUGCGUCUGAUCCUGUUGAUGGAUGGAAGAAGGAAGAUCUUGAAUCCUUUGUUGAUUUUUUUCUUAAACAUUGGGCGAGUAAAAUGGAAAUGAAUCUGUAA